AUGAGGCCACAGAAUGGAGAUGAUGGUUAUGAUGAACCUGAAGUACAUCGUAAAAUCUUUAUCGGAGGCUUGAAUUACCGAACUACAGACGAAUCUCUCAAGUCUCAUUUUGAAAAAUGGGGUGAAAUUGUUGAUGUAGUGGUCAUGAAAGACCCUAAAACGAAAAGAUCGCGUGGGUUUGGCUUUAUCACAUACUCUAAAGCGCAUAUGGUGGACGAUGCUCAGAACAACAGGCCACAUCGUAUCGAUGGACGCUUUGUUGAAACAAAAAGAGCAGUUGCUCGACAAGACAUCAAAAAUCCUGAAGCUGGUGCUACAGUUAAGAAAUUAUUUAUUGGUGGAAUUAAAGAUGACCAUGAUGAAGAGCAACUGAAAGAAUAUUUCUCAAACUUUGGUGAAGUUAAAAAUGUCAGUAUUGUUACUGAUAAAACAACAGGAAAGAAACGAGGCUUUGGUUUUGUUGAAUUUGAAGACUAUGACCCAGUUGAUAAAAUUUGCUUAAAUGCUCCACACAAAGUGAAUGGUAAACAAUUGGAUGUGAAAAAAGCGUUGCCAAAAGAUGGUUCAGAUUCUAGAGGUGGAAGACAAGGUGGUGGUCCUAGCAGAAAUGACAACUGGGGCAAUGGUGGAGGUGGUUAUGGAAACAAUCAAGGUGGAUGGAAUAAUUCAAACCCAUGGGAUAACAACCAGGGAGGUUGGGGAGGUGGCAACCAAGGGGGUGGUUAUGGGGGAGGUGGUAACCAAAGAGGAGGCUGGGGUAACCAAGAUUUUGGUAACUAUGGUAACCAGGGGUACAGUGGGGGACCAACUAGGAGUCAACAGUAUGGUGGGAAUAAUAGAGCAGCUCCAUACAACAUGAACCAAGGGGGUGGAGGUGGUGGCUAUGGGGGUGGAAACUAUGGAGGUGGCGGCCAAGGAAGAGGAGGGAGAUUCUAA